UGCGCAGGCGCGGAGCGCGACCUCGGAAGCGGCGGGGCGGGAGCAUGACAGGUGGCGGGAAGCGGAGGCCCCGCGGGGCGGCGGCGGCGGCCGGCGAGCAGUGUGAGAAAAAUGGAGAUGUCAAGAAGAGAAGGUCAAAUCAGGCAGAUAUCCCCGAUAGCCUUCGUCAAGAAGCAGAAACAUGCUAUCGGCUUAAACUGCCCGAAGACUUCUAUCAAUUUUGGAAGUUUUGUGAGGAACUAGAUCCUGAGAAACCAAGUGAUGCGCUUGUGUCAAGUGUUGGACUUACGCUGGUUGGACCAUAUGAUAUUCUUGCUGGAAAACACAAAAAGGCAAAAUCAACAGAUCUAGACUUCAAUCUUCAUUGGAGAUUCUUUUAUGAUCCCCCAGAAUUCCAGACUAUACUUGUUGGGGACAGCAAAACACAGUUUCACAUGGGAUAUUUCAGGGAUGUGCCAGAUGAGCUUCCAGUGUGGGUUGGUGCAAAUGAAGCUAAGAAGGGCUGUGUGAUUUCACAAGUUGGUGACAAUGUCUUUGCCGCGGUCAAAUUAUUUUUGUCAAAAAAACUUAAGGAAGUGACUGAUAAAAAGAUAAAUGCUAUUUUGAAAGACAUAGACGAAAAACUAACAAGAACAGCAAAAGAACUGGGUUACUCCCUGGAACAAAAAACUAUGAAGAUGAAACAGAGAGAUAAGAAAGUGGUGACCAAAGCAUUUCAUGGAGCAGGCCUAGUUGUUCCUGUGGACAAAAAUGAUGUUGGGUACAGAGAACUUCCUGAAACAAAUGCUAAUCUUAAAAAAAUUUGUAAGGCCAUUGUUGAUGCCCCUACUGAUGACGAGAGACUGAAGGCCUUUGCACCCCUUCAAGAGAUGCUGACCUUUGUUCAGUUUGCUAAUGAUGAGUGUGACUAUGGAAUGGGGUAUGAACUGGGUAUGGACCUGUUUUGCUAUGGAUCUCACUACUUCCACAAGACGGUGGGCCAGCUGCUGCCCCUGGCGUACACCCUGCUGAAGCGGAGCCUCUUUGCCGAGAUCAUCGAGUCGCACCUGGCCCGCCGGCGGCAGGAGGACCUGGACCAGCUCCUGCCCUGAGCCGGGCGCCGGACGGGGCCAGGCCGCGCCCCUGGCUCCGCGGCCGCGGGGCCCCCGUUGGGCUUUGGCUGGGGAGGGGGGUGUGUGGGGGGGGCUGCGUUCGAUCGGUUUGGGUUUGUUUUGUUUUUUGUUUUUUUGCUUUUUUUUUCUUGUACUGCGCGGCGCCGCCCGCCCCCCCGGUCAGUAAAAGCUUUUGUACGGAAGGAGGCGCCUGCGCGUGCUGCUUGCGCGCGCCCGGCCGCGGGGGGGGGGGUGUGGUGUGUGUGUGUGUGUGUGUGAGGUUCCCGGUGCGCAUGCGCGGAGGCAGGCGUAAGGCGCGGCGGGGAAAGGGGGGAGGAGUCACGUGUUGCUACCGCGGCAACCGCCGGGCGCGAGUGGGCGAGGCUGCCCCCGGGGCGCCGCCCCACCGGCAGGGGGCGGGCUCUGCGCGCGGGGCCUGAGGGCAGCCGGGCCCUCGGAGGCAGCAGCGGGGCGCGGGAGGAGCCGCCGCCGCCAUUUCACCUGCCCGGGGCUCGGCUGGUGCAGAUCGGUCGGGACCGGCUGCCGAUUUACACCGACCUCACUCCCAUUUCCUCGCUCUGGGUGGUUUUUACUGCUGUUACGCAGUUUCUCGGUUCUGUCCCACCACAUGCGUAAAAACUCGGUGGCGGCAGCGUUCCCUUUUGCGUUAUAAUAAAGUGCUAAAUCUGGUCUCAA